AGGGACAGAUGAAUGAAAAGAGAGGCAGAGAGGUGGAGGCGCUGAAGAAACGGGAGAGGGGGGAGGCAGUUUGGGGGUGGAGUAAUUCAGAGAAUGCGAGGCACUGCCCUCCCCCCUCCCUCCUCCUCCCUCUCUCCACUCCUCCUCCGGGUGGAAAUUCAUCCUUCAGGCUCAGUAGCGGACAUUUGUGUGCAGGACCUGGCGGCUGUGGGACGUGUCCACUCGUGGGGGUUUGAGGUCCGGCAGCAGCAGCAGAGUCUCCCGUCCCGUCGCUGGGUGUUCUGGCCGCAGGGAGCGAGCAGCUGGGAUUCAGCACGACGUUCUGUGAUUUUCUCUUUUUUAAUCCAACAUUGCUUUCUUUCUUUCUUGUUUCAACACAGUUUUCCUACUGUUCUGUAGGAUUGUGCUGGCGUUUUCAUUAAAAGUCCGGGCACUAUUUUUUCGUUGUGAACCAGGCUUCCACCUUCCGCUGUGACUAACUUUGGACCAGCGGAGACAGCCUGUCGCCAGUCACGGGGGGAAACGAGAUCUGACACCGAGCCGCAGAGCCCAUAUUUGUCCGCUUGGCUCUGAGGACAGGAAGGAGGAAAAGCGAGCCCUCCUGUCGCCUCCUCGGCCGCCGGGCUCCCUGUUCCAGCGCUCGGAGGACGAGAGGAGGAUUUAGGCUGACUAACGGGGAGGGGAAUAACCGUGGAGGAGACUUGACGAUCUCCAAGGUGCUCGGCACAAUGGGACUCCUAAACCUUUGAGGGGCGAGCACAAAGGAGAGAAAGGAAGAGGAAGAAUAAAGCCAAGGGAGGGGAAGAAGAAGACAAAAGAGGACGAGGAGGAGCUGCAACAGAAGAAGUGGGGAAGAUUGUUGCCCGGCACCAGGCGAGCAGGAGAGUGGGCGGAAAAGGAGUGAGAGGGAGGGAGAUUCGAAGGGAAGGAUUUGCUCUAUUUGCCAGGGGGGUGCAUCCUCCACCCAUAAGCCCCCCCCCCCCUCCUGUGUGGACAUUCUCCUUUUUAUUUAUUUUUUUUUUUCUGCAUCAGACAGACUGACAAGAAUGAGCAAUAAACUAAGUUUGGGAGGCCUCAGGGUGAGCAGGGGCCUCGAUUUGAGACUACCCAGGACUAGAGCCAUACUACUGGGCUUGCUUCUCACCACAGUGGCCUGGCUCCCUCCACCAGUCAGUGCAGAGGUGGAGAUUGAUGUGUUGGGCGACAUGGUGCUCAUGGAAGCAGGUGGAGAAGGUGAGAAGGUAGGCAAAAGAGGCGAGCUGGAGGCCUCCAUGCACUCCUCGUUCCUUCAGGAGUUCCAGGAAGCAACAGAAGGUAUCCGGGCCAUGGCUGCAGCCGUGACUGGUGAGACCCAGGAGGGCACAGCUGCACCCACUGCCUUCCCGGACUCCUCAGCGGUGGUGGGUCGUAUCUUCCAGAUGAAGGUGCCAAACAAGGUGGAGGAUGUUAUCCUGAGUGAUAUUGUCAAGAUCACAGAGUUGGGUAAAGACUCGCUCCCUGCCUGGCUGCACUGGGAUGCCAGUAGCAGAACCCUGCAGGGUCUCCCUUUAGAGGAGGACAAAGGUGUCCAUUACAUCUCUGUAUCUCAUCUCCACACAAAAUCUGCCUCCUCUUCUUCAGAGGUGUUUUCCAUUGAGGUACACCCUGAAGAUCACUUGGAUGCAGAUUCGGCCCAGUUGGCAUCCAACCAAGCCACUGACGAAAAUGAUGUCCAGUCAUUCAUGUGUGGCAACGAGGAUCCAGUCACAGUGCUGACUGUGAUCCUAGAUGCCGAUUUGACCAAGAUGAGCUCGGAACAGAGGGUGGAGCUCCUGGACAACAUGAGGAGCUUCUCUGGGGUGGGGCUCCAGCACAUGAAGAUACUUCCUGUGGUCAACAACAGGCUGUUUGACAUGUCUGCAUUCAUGGCUGGGCCAGGCAAUGCAAAAAAGGUGGUGGAGAAUGGAGUUCUGUUGUCCUGGAAGCUCGGCUGCUCCCUGGAGCAAAGCACAGUGCCAGAUAUCAACAGUGUCCAGGGUCCUGCAAAGGAGGGCACAAUGUCAGCCAAGCUGGGCUACCCUGUGGUGGGAUGGCACAUUGCCAACAAGAAACCCCAUGUCCCUAAGCGGGUGAGGCGCCAGUUAAACAACACUCCAACACCUGUUUUGGCAGUGCUUCCCCCAACAACUGUAGUGGAGCCUCCAGUGAGGAUUAUUCCUACCCUCUCUUCCCCCUCUAUUGCUGCCCCAACUGAAAGCUCUGCUCCACCUGUAAGAGGCCCUGUUCCUCUACCAGGCAAGCCGACAAUCAGAUUCCGUGACCCUACUGCCCACACCCCAACUCAGGGGCCUCCUCAACCAACGAGGGUAAUGGAGACCACCAGCAUCAUGGCUAUUCAGCCAACCACGAGCAGGCCUACUUAUGUGGAGGCCACUGCAACACCAUCCACACCUACAAGAAAACCUGUGAAGAAACCUAAAAGACCUAAAACCACACCAGCGCCCAGGGAGCCAAAGACAUCCACAGCUAAGCCAUCCAGGCACACCACAUUAUCGCCUGUUGUCAUCCCGGAUCCGUACAAUGAAAAGCCUGACUUGCGUAACCCCAUUGAUCAGGUCAUUGCAUUGGUGGGCACCUAUUUUGAAGUCAAGAUCCCAUCUGAUACAUUCUUUGAUAAAGAGGAUGGCCCAACAGACAAGCUGCGUCUUACUUUGAGGCAGAACCAUAACGAAGUGGUGGGAGAGGGCUCUUGGAUCCAGUUCAACACCACCAGCCAGCUCCUCUAUGGCCUUCCUGAUGUCCAACAUGUGGGAAAACAUGAAUACUUCAUGCAGGCAACUGACAAAGGUGGCCUGAAUGCAAUUGAUGCUUUUGAGGUCCGUGUGAAUCGCUGGCCUGCCAAUGACAAGACCCCUGUGAUAUUCACUGCCCGAUUUGACGGUGAGCCACGGUCAGUAGCAAACGACAUCCACAAGAAGAUUCUUCUUGUCAAGAAGUUGGCAUAUGCACUCGGGGACCGCAACAGCAGCACAGUCAGUCUGAGAAAUAUCACUAAAGGCUCCAUUGUGGUGGAGUGGACAAACACCAGCCUCCCACAGCAUCCAUGUCCAAAGGAACAGCUCACAGCCAUGAGCAGGACGCUUGCCAGUGCUGAUGGAAAACCCUCGCAGACCUUCAGGUACUCCAUGGAGCCUGAAUUCAGACCUCUGGAUGUCAAGGUUAAGGGAAGGGCAAGCUGCAGAACAUAUUCCUUCAUCCCACCAGAAGAGAUUGAAAUACUAGAACCUCCAGCAGUCACUCCUGCUUUGGGAGCUGGCCGGCAGAGCACUGAUGAUGUCUAUCUCCACACGGUCAUCCCUGCUGUGGUGGUGGCAGCCAUCUUGUUAAUAGCAGGUAUUAUUGCAAUGAUCUGCUACAGGAAGAAACGAAAGGGAAAGCUGACCAUUGAGGACCAGGCCACCUUCAUAAAAAAAGGUGUGCCAAUCAUCUUUGCCGAUGAACUUGACGACUCUAAGCCACCUCCGUCCUCCAGUAUGCCCUUGAUUCUCCAGGAAGAGAAGCCCCCGCUUCCACCCCCUGAGUACCCUAACAUGGCCACACCAGAGACCACUCCCCUCAACCAGGAGAUGCUGGGGGAGUACACAGCUCUGCGGGAUGAGGACCCUAAUGCACCACCCUACCAGCCACCACCUCCCUUCACCACUCCCAUGGAGGGCAAGGGCUCCCGUCCAAAGAACAUGACACCCUACAGAUCUCCACCUCCCUACGUGCCGCCCUAAAACUUGUUCAUCCCUCACCUCGUAGGGUGGAGGGACCUGAGAAACUGUAACGGUUUCCAUUCUGGUGUAUGUCUGUCUGGACAUUUACAGGGAGCGACGACAAGAGGUGCUAAAGAACACAACAGAUACAAGGGACUUUGGGAGGGGGAGAAAUCAGUCGGGUGGGCUUUUACAGUUGACACGUGGGAUGAUUGGUUGAAACAGCUGGGAGGGACUACUGUUUUAGUGGUAGCCCAGCUACUACAGUGGCCUAAGACAAACAAAUUCUCGUCCCGUUGGCUUUUGGAUCAACCAGUUGGUCAGAAGCAACUAGUGGGAGAUGUGUUCUCACGUCCCAUUUUGUUUCCUCUCUUGAUUUAAAUACUGGCUUUUAUGUAGUUCUUUUUUCCUUCAUUACCCCAAAGUUAUAAUUCUUUUUUUUGUUUCUGGACUGAAUGCCUAACUGCUUUUUUUGUCUUCUCAUGAGAAGACAGUGAACUGAAAUCUGACCACUUCAGGCUGCAACUCGUGUUUUUAACAAGGAGUGAGAUUGUCUGAAUAUGAAACAACCUGUCAUAAGGAUCUCGGAUCUCAUAUCAGGCCUGCAGAUGACACAAGAGAACAGGAGGACAAGCGGUGUGUGUGUGUGUGUGUGUGUGUGUGUGUGUGUGUGUGUGAGUGUGAGUGUGAGUGUUCAGAUUCAAUACGGUUUGCCUUUUAACACUAGUUGUAUGUUUCUAUCCUUAUUCACACUGUCUAGUAAAGAUGAGAAUAACAAGGUAGCCUAAAAAAGAUUUAGAGAUGAAUAAUAAGUAAUUUGUUUGUUUUAUUGGUUUUUAAAUUCACUGUAUAUCUGGAAGAUGUUCUGAUAGAGUGUGUUCUAUUUUUUUUGGUGGUGGAAGAAAGCAGGAAGACUGCCUUGCUAAAAUAACCUUCAGGAGCUCUUGAUUCCUGUUUUAAUAUGACAAAGUGUUAGUUACAGUCGAUCAGACUUCCUCUCAGCAGAUCCAACAGGUGUGUAAGCAAUGAGAAAAUUGGGUGGAGUGAGGUUAAUGUGAGGAAAAAUGAACUACUGUUUUUAUUAUGAAAGAGAUUAUCUAACUUGUAAAUGCAGAUUUUAGUGUGGAUUUGAAUGCAAAUUGUGUCAUUUUACAACCCAGAACAAAUGGUGGCACGGUACCGUGGUGCAAACCAUGGAUUAUGUUAAAACCUAAUGGUUUCAUUUUCAGUUUUACAUUGUGUCAACAAUGUACUUAAGGUCUGGUUAGGUUUAGGCACUAAAACCACUGGCUUAGGGUUAGGAAAAGAUCAUGAUCAUGUUUUGCCUUAAAAUACCUGGUUUUGAUGCCAGUAAGAAGAGACUCUCUCGGUGUGCACUUCAAAGUAUCCGCUGUCGGUGCCCCGAGGACGAGCUGCAAAAUGUCCCACCAGUCAACCAAUCAGAACGUGAUAAAACACAUGAUAUGAAAUGUAUAAAACUAACAUAUCCGUGAUUUGCAGAAACGUACAGUGGCAACAUUUUAGUAAAGUUUUAAGAAGAUUUCAUGCAAUUUGACCUCAGUUUAGUGACCCUGUUACUUGACGUUAAAAAUUCAGGAGGAUGUCAUUUCCGACUUUCUCUGCAUACAUACAGUUCCUCCAGUACAGUGGUAAACAGGAAGAGGAGCCCUUCAGUUUAUUUUGGAUCAGGGACAAUUAUUUGUUUUAUUGUGUAAAGGUGGCACUUCUGUUCUCCGGUCAGAGGACAAACUGUGUGUGCCAGGAUGGGAUUGUGCAGAGAUUCACCUUUUCGAAAACGAAUGUGGCUGACACAGAGACACUGACAGAGAGUUUGCAGUAAUUAGCUCACUGAAAAAUCGUCAAGGAAAACCUCCUUCUAGUUUUUGUUUUUUACAAAGUUUUUGAUACAACCUCAAAUUGUUUGAUUAAGAGAUGAUUAAUGAUCCUGUGAUUUGUAAAAUCUUAGCCUAGAAGUUCAGUCAUGAUUCAGUUAUGUACACUCUUCUUUUUGUCAUGGGUCGCAUAUUGUUCUAUUCUAGCGUGUGUGUAUGCAUAUGAAAAUGUAUCCCCACUAUACAGAGACGGAAUGAGCGAUAUUUUAUGUAAUCACAAAUUUUAUUUUUAUGUCCUUUAUGUUUGCUAAUGAGUUUCAACUGAAAGUGACCCUUUGCAAUAAUAAUGUAAGUCUCAGUCCGCUCAGCGACUGGUCGAUGCAGGUUAAAGCGAGUGACUCGUAUCGCCAGAACUCUGUUGGUUUUUGCAGGAUGCCAAGGCUUUUUUUGCUUUUCAAGUGUGCAUUGUCAUAAUAAAACCAACUGGUACGAUAAAA